AAAUGAGUUACCGGGUGGAGUGGACCGCGUUCCUGCGGGAGCGCUACGAGCGCGAAGAGCUACACUUCAAAGUGUUUGAUAACUAUAUUCCAGACUACAAAAAAACGUUGCUGACGACGAAGUUUUAUUCCAAGUAUGAGAACCAAAAUACGGGGUGUGAGGCGGACCCCACGGUCAUGCAAAACAUUCAAAGGGUGAAAUAUGACACGCCACGGGAGAAAUACGCGUGGCCUAUAACAGAAAACCAAUGUUAUGGGUGGUUUCCGGAGCCCCUCGUUUCGCUCGACCGAAACGACACCAGGUUCCACCACCCCAAAAAGUCCACCGACUUCGUCAAACACGAGUUGCGCCUACAAAUGGACGAAUCCACCUUCCCGAAAGUAAAAUUCACGGGAAUUCCGUUCAAAGUUCAAUAAAAGUUUGAAAAAACAUAACCUCAAAAAAGCGAAAUUUUACCCCGCACGUACGCACAAGCGCUCGAUUACGUUAAUAACACACAAAUGCGACACACUUACCCCUUGUUACCCCCUAAUAAAGACACAAACUCAAUUUUGAGACAAUUUUUCAAACUUGACACUAGCGCCACCAACCACCACUACCCAAACUAUUUCUAACCUCAAAACAAAAUGAAAAUAUAAACACACUUUUCGUUUGUAAUAUACAAUUGCGUCAAACUUGCAAGAUGUUGUCGCACACGACCGUCAUACGUAACGCCCCCCAGCAAGACUUAAUCAACGAGCUGCACACUUUCAUCAAGGGGGCCCUCAAGCUGGAGCGCUGCAACCCGUUGGACUUGACCAAAACGGCGCUCAGACUGUUGAAGAACAUUCCCGCGGCAAGAGCGGCUUUGUUCGAGUACUUUAGCAACGUUUUUGGGGCCGCAGCCACCAAUUAUAUCCAAGCGAUCGAAACGGAAAUCAAAACCGGCGAACUGCCUAGUCACUCAGAGACCGACGAAGCCGUGGUGACUGAAAUCCACUCAGUGCUUGUGGGUUUCAUCGCGGAUAACCCGACCGCGUGGGCCCCCAUUGUGAGUACGUGGUCGCUGGAGUUGUUAGGGGAGAUUUCGACGAAGUUUGCAGGCCGGGCGCACCUAUCCACGAAUUUAAAUGAAACUCUUCAAUUGUGGAUGAAUUGUCGCGCUACCAAGAUUCUUGUCGAUAUUAACACUAAGUGUUUGUCGAGUUUGAUGCACUCGGAUACCGAGACGUGCAUUAACGCGCUUCUGGAGACGUCCAUCAAGCAUUCGCCGAAUUUCGACUGGGUGGUAGCCCAUGUGGGUAGUUGUUUUCCGCAUACCGUAAUCACUAGGGUGUUAUCAGUCGGUUUAAAAGAUUUCUGCCAGAUUAAGUCCUACGAACAGGGGAGUAAUUCCCCGAAACUUAGGUCGGUUGUCGGGAUUUUAGGGCACUUGGCGGGGAGUCACAGUAACGACAUCAGGUCCGCCAUUUUGGAAAUGUUUCUGUGGAGUCUCCAACAAGAAAAUCAAGACGUUGAUGCCACAAAACUACAAAAAAAAGCCACAGUGCCUUUUAUUUUACAGUUGGCAUUCCUGUCUUCCACGUUGUUUUCGUCAGUUUGUAACGACAUGAAGCGCAUACUGUCUGUUGAUAUAAUUUACAAACUAUGCCCUUUCGUCGAAGACUGGUGCAAAUAUUUUGGUUCAAACGAAAUUCUAGAAGAUCUUUUACUGACUUUAAUCGCUAGCUGCGAUAACGGGGGUAUUCAAAUCAUCAACGUGUUACUAGACUGUAUUACGGUUGAGCACCAUCUGAACGACCCUCUAAUCCAAUCAAUUAAAGAAAAGUCGCUCGAAAUUUUGCAAAAUGUGGUCUACAGAGUAGACGAAAGCGUCCGAACCGACAAAAACAUCGAACUUUUAACUUCGUUCGCGCACGAUCUGGACGAAGUGCACAAGAAUUUGCUAAGUCUGGUGGAAGUGCGAUCCCAAACCGCCGCCCAAAUCGUCGUUUUCCUAGGCCACGGCAAUCCCUCCUUACUGGUUCGCUCUUUAAGUUUCCUCUUCCAGAAUUCUCAAACUUCACAGCAUUUAAGUUUGUUAGUUAAGAUUUUGACGCACGAGCUUAUAAAUAAAACCGUGUGGCCGUACGUCGACAAAAGCGGGUAUUUUUCAGUCGUUUUGGAGCAAAUACUUAGUAAAAAUAUCGAGGCACAGGUGAACAAAAACGGUGACAAUUUGACUCAAAUGUGGAACAAUUUAUUGACCUUGUUGAAGUGGGAGAAAAGCGGCCGCGUUUCGUUGUUAAACUCGCAAAUUGUUACAAAAGCGAUUUUAACGAAUUUAACGCACUUUACUGCCGUUUUUGGAAACGAAACUCUGCAUGUCCACGUUAUGUCAAAUAUUUUGACAGACUUGGACAUUCCGGUUAGUAGCAACAUGGACAAUUUGCCUGCAGAAGUCAUUCUAAACCUGACUCAAGCAACUGUCAAUUACUUUUUUAUUUGUUGUCAUGAAGAAGGCACCUCGCAGAAAGCCAAAGGUUUCGAGAGGAUUAAUCGCCUUCUGCGCAGACUCUGUACGCAUUCGAAGGUGGCCAGGGUUUUAGCUUUGCGUGAACUGCUAGAGAGGGCGCUGUUCCGCAAAGACAACGUGCUUUUCGGCGCCAAAAACAACGGCACGUUUGACGAAAGUUCAGAGAAGUUGUUACUCAAACAAAACAAAAAAAUCAAUAAAACUAUCCCUCUAACCAAACACUCGUCGGUCUUCAAUGGAGGUAUUAUUGGAACUGGUAAAAGAAAGCUUCAUUGUUUGAACGACCUACCACCCGAAGUAGUCGCUGCUAACACCUCCGAGCUCGUAAACGCCAUCAAGUCUUGUUGUUCUUUAAGCGAAGAACUCGAAAUGAAGUUCUGCGACUUGUCCCUAGAUAGCGUGACUUUAGUGUCGCUUUUAUUAGUCCAGUUCGUCAGUCCUGACGUAAUGUACAACGGUCUUCCAUGGCCUGAUGAAGAAUUUUCCAAGGUCACCAUCGAGCGCGACCUCUUCAUCAGACGCAUGUUCACCAACGUCCCAGUGCUAUGGGACUUGCUAAGUUUCGUCGCUGUGUACAGACCGGCUCUUUGCUACUGUUCUGUGUUAAUGCGGGCUUUAACCGCUACUCUGAUCCACCAAUGGAAGAGUACCGGCGAACAAAGCAAGUCGAACUUCACCGACAACUACAAAUCCUUGAUGACGACUACAGUGAAAGUCAUCGACGUGAUGGCGCUGGGACAGUUGUUGCCGCCCCCGUUGUGCAGCAUCAGAGACGUGUUGCCGAAUUUGAAGUGCUUCGAGAUCGUGGCCAUCCUGAAAGACUGCAUUUGGACGUACAUGAGGGACCACAUACCGUCGCCUGCUCUGUUCGUCGGGGACGCGAACGGCAUCCACUGGAGAGACCCCACGUCGUCGAGACCCGCGGAGGUCUACACCAACACCCUGCGGAUCAUCAUGCAACGGAACAUCGACACGUUGGGACACAUGUAUGCGCAAAUGUUUAUUAAUAUACCGAAACUAGAGUAAAUAAAUGAGAAGGUUUGAGCA